AUGGCACGCUCCGCCCACAGCCCCAUACCUCCUCCCUGCCCCCGGCCCUUGCCUCUGCCCUUCCCAGGGCCCCAACCCUCUUCACAUGUCACCCCUGAGCCUGAGUCAGACCCUGUGUCCCCAGCUGUGGCAGGGAAAGCCCUCACCAAGGGUCCGCAGAAUGAGACCCUCAACCAAGGCCAAGGCCAAGUCCCGUGGCUGGGACUCACAUCCCAGAGAGAUCAGCUUCCCUCCACCAGCCGGGUGCGCGAUCCUGAUGAGGUCAAGCGUGGCCACUCCCGCGGGACCCUGUCCCCUCUCCAGCCGCCCAGCUGCUCCCACCUGCGCCCCACCACCGAGGGCAGCGGCCAGGCUGCAGGGUCCCUCGUGCGCUCUACACUCGUCAAGCCCCCCACACCCUCUCAUAUCCCCACCUCGGGCGUCCACACCGAGGAUUCCUGCAGCUGGGCAGGCCCCCAGCCAGGGCGAGGGGCGGGCUCCCUCCUCCAGGCGCCCCCAUCUCUCCUCACAAGACCCGGGGGUCGACCCCCACUCCUCUCCCCGAGGGAUGGGGAGGAGAAAAGCCACCUGCCCUCAGGACUCCCUGCAAGGAAGGCAGGUGUCUCUCCAGCCCCCGCCCCCCAGGCCUGCAGCCUGCACCUGGGCCUCGGCCUCGGGAGGGAGGCGCCCUCCAGCCUGGUGCUCCAGGUGCGGGAGGGAGACAGCCGUCCAGCGUCCUCCGCAUCUGCUCGUCUGGGGCUGGCCUGGCUCUCUGUUCUGGACACUUCCCUCCUCUGUGUGGGUCGUGAGGCACUCUCGGGGCCCCCGGACCCCGGGUCUCUCCCGCGCCGGCUGCAGUGGGGUCCCCGCGCCGGUCCCCCUCCCUCGGAAGCCUGCAGGGGUCUGGGCGCCCGGGGUGGCGCUGGACGACGCCCAGGUGAGCUGUUGCAGCGACGGCACUGGCAGGUCAGUCAUCCAAGCCUCGCAGCUUCUGUCCUGCGGGUCCCGGCCCCCGGCCCCCCUGUGAGGAUGCUGUGGGGGCCACCGGGCGAGGUGCUCAGGCCCCACCAGGAGCCACAGGACGCGGCCCUGGCCGACACUUUGACUGUGGCCUCGGGAGACCCCGGGCCAGGACUGUCCCACGAAGCCGCUCCCAGACCCCUGACCCACAGAAACUGUGAGAUGACAAAGAUACCGACCCCCCCGAGGGCUAUUUUUGUGUCUGGUUCUGGGGGCCUGGGGGGCCCGUGGGAGCGGAAGACGCAACAGCUCUACCCACAGCUGGAGGGGAGGGUGCAACAGCCCCCAGCCCCAUGGGGACCUGGGAGGAUGCAGGAAGGGCUGGGAUGUGAGGUGCGGCUGCCACAGGACCUCUCGGAGGUUUUCUCCCAGGUGCAGGCGCCGCCCAGCUGCCACCCUGGCCUCGUUGCUGGCCCUGAGCCUGGUCGAAUGUCAGCAGGGCUCCGUGGUCUCCACGGCCCUGGCACCCAGAUGCUGUCAGUUGGAGACCCUCACAGGUCCCUGACGACCCAGCACCUUGGAAGAUCUGGGUCUGGGGGUCUGAUGAAGGAGGGGCAAGCCGGGCUGGGUCCCAGGAUAGCUGGAGCUGGGCCACCACGAGGCCAACACCAGCCCGGCCCGCAGAGGUUAAUGGGCCCGGCCGCCCUGGGGACGAGUGUGGAAUCUCCUCCCCGCUCCCCAGGGCCCGGUUUCUUCGGAGACUCGGCAGUCAGAGCUGUCACCAAGCAGAGCCAGCUGCUGCAGUCCCUGGGGCCGAGCACUGAGGAAGCAGCGGGCAGCCCUGGGGUGGCGGGCCAGCGCCUCAGUGCACAGCUGAAGCCCACCGACCUCCCUCCCGAUGACUGCCCUGACCCCACCAGCAUCCUCUCUCGACUAGACAGCACUGCGGUCAUAGAUGCAAAUGAGGGGGACACGGAGACCCUGCUGGGCCCACUCAGCCUCCCCAGACCCCAGCUGGGAGCAAACCAAAGGUCCUGGCCAGGCUGUCCUCUCAGGGAGCCCCCGGCCCCCGAGGCCUACACCCCUGAGCCUCACGCUGCCCCCAAGCCCACUGCCCACCCGGCUCCGGGGAGGUCCAGACCCUGCUGUGGUGACACGCACCUCAAGGACAGUGAAGAGGCCCCCUCAGCCUCCCCGUCUGGCUCCCCCAGACCCACCGACCAGGAAGGGGAAGAGGCGGGGCCGCUGGGAGGAGGCCCGCAGGUGCUCCGAGCAAGGCGGCUGCAGAGGGGACCCGGGGACCCCGCACUGCUCCUGGACUUCACGCCCACUCUCAGCUGCCACAGCUGGCUUCUUGCUGUGCCGGGGGAGUCGCAGGAGCCCGGCACCAGCCUCGGGGAGACGCGGGGCAGCCUCGGGGACAGCACCGGCGCCCGUGAGCGUGCUUUCCUUUGUCUGAACUUCCUAAUUAAGCGGCUGUCCCUCUGGGGGGUCAACUGCCCACCUACCCACCCAGGAGAGGACAAGGUGCUGGCAGGGGUGGGACAGAGGUGCCUGACCCUUGCCGUGGGGGCCGGCCUCUGUGUAGCCAGGCUAAGAGAGGGCAGAGGCCGGCAGGGCGAGCGGCGCCCUGGGGCCCGAGGGGCUGCAAUCCCACCCACCCUUCGUGGUCUCACCAAGAGCAGGGGAGGGGGCCGUGCUGGAAGUGAGAACGAGCCCCACCAGCCAGGGGCACACCAGCAGGAGACGGCGGAGCAUGGGCCGCGCCAGUGCGGCCGGCAGCGUGAGCUGGGCCUGGGGAGGCACGUGGACGGCCCUGUCCCCACCGCUGCCGGGCACCGGGUCACCCAGGCCAGGCCUGAGGUGGGCUCAGGAUGCUGGCGGCAGGCUGCACGUGAAGGUGCACACGUGGGCAUAGCGUGCACAGUGGCCUGCGACAGCCAGCCUCCCCCCAAGCAGGAAGUGUCCGGCUCCGCUCGCCUUGGGACACCCCACCGGCCCCCCAGCCACGCCAGCCGCUCACAAUCUUCCCACCUUCUGCCUCUGGGCUGCCUGGGGACCCCUUUCUUCUGA